GAGAAGAGAUGGCCUCAUGGCAGAGAGAGAAGAGUAAGAUGAUGGAGCUGUUCUCCAGUAGGUUAGACCUUCUCCACAGCCAUCAGGCAUCAACCCUGCAGGAGCUGCAGAUGGCUCGGCUGGAGAUGGGGAGGGUGCAGGAGAUGCUCAGACCCCCAGAGCCAGAGGAGGAGCCCCAGGAGGUGGAGCAGGAGGAGGUGACAGCUGAGGCCAGUGCUGAGCAGCCACCACUAGAGGGAGCCCAAGCUCGUCUGCAGAACCUGAAGGAGAGCCUGUUCAAGAGAGAGCGAGAGAUCUCCCAGUAUCUGGAGGGAGAUGAGGACUCACCAUACACUGUGACAAAGACUGCUCUCCUCAAUGCGGUGGUGCAGAAAGCCCAUUAUAUCUAUGGUGAGGUGGCAGAGGCGAAAGCCCUGGUGGACCAGAUGGCGGAGGAGAACCGUGACGAGCUGGCUAAAGUUAAAGAGACUCUGGACCAGGCUGACACAGCAGCAUACACUGAGCCUCAGGGGAAGGCAGAUGAGACAGACUCACAAAUGUAA